AUGAAAUCACUGGGUACGGAACAGUACGGCAGCGGCAAGGGCGAGGACUACUGGAAAACCGGCCAGGUGAAGGCGAAGCUGAUUGAAGUCCUGCAGCUUCUCAUCAAAACCCACCAGGAGCGGCGGGCACAGAUCACGGACGAAGAAGUGCGGGAGUGGAUGCAGGUGAGGCGCCUGAAUUUCUGA